CGUAUUUGCUGUUUGAACUUGUAUCGUCGCGGGAAUGUAGAAAUCUCGUUUGUUGAUUCCAAGUGAUUGUACCUGAGCGAUACGCGGCCUUAUAAAUAAAUUUCGCCACCACAAUGCCGCCAAGUAGCCUACGAGUCGUGUACGCGUUCGCCAGAGAAAUGCACCCGAAGACAACAGACAUUUUCAUAGAAUAUGGGACCGCAGGUUUCCGCACCAAAGCGAGUCUAUUGGAGCAUGUCGUGUACCGCAUGGGCCUGCUGGCUGUCAUCCGAUCCCGUUGCAAGAAUGGUCGCACAAUAGGCAUGAUGAUCACAGCGUCGCAUAACCUGGAGCCUGAUAAUGGCGUGAAGCUGAUCGACCCCGACGGCGAGAUGCUGGAACAGAGCUGGGAGGAGAUUGCCACCAGACUCGCUAAUGUCAGUGACAAUGACUUAGAAUCAACGACGGGACAGAUUAUUAAGGAAGUGAACGCUGAUAUGGGACUCAAAGCGAGCGUCUUCAUCGGAAUGGAUACGAGAUAUACGAGCCCCCGGCUAGCGGCCGCGGCAGUGCACGGCGUGAUGGCGCUGAAGGGGACGGCCAGGGAGUUCGGCAUCGUGACCACGCCCAUGCUGCACUACUGCGUCAAGUGUCGCAACGACAACACUUACGGGACGCCCACUGAAGAAGGCUACUACGAGAAGAUAGUGGGAGCAUUCAAGAGGAUCCGCCAGACCCUACCCGUGUACGGCAAGUACAGCACGACGCUGCACGUGGACGGCGCCAACGGCGUGGGGGGGAAGAAACUGAACAUCAUCAAGAAGACUCUCGACGGAGAGCUCGACCUAGUGUUGUUCAACCUCGGCGGGAACGGCGGCAAGCUCAAUUUGAACUGUGGCGCAGACUUCGUGAAGGUGUCCCAGAAGCCACCGGUGGGUGUGGAGCAUGUGCCCUUCCAGCGGGUGGCCUCCCUCGACGGUGACGGCGACAGGAUCGUGUAUUACUACCUCGAUGACAAUAACAGAAUGCACAUGUUGGAUGGCGACCGCAUCGCGACGCUGCUAGCGUCGUACAUCACCGAGCUGCUCAAGUCAUGCGCGGCGCCCAGCCUCGCGCUCGGUCUCGUGCAGACCGCAUACGCCAACGGAGCCUCCACCAACUACAUCACGCAGCAAUUGAAAGUGCCAGUAACAUGCGUGAAGACUGGCGUGAAGCAUCUUCACCACGCGGCGUUGGCGUAUGAUAUUGGAGUCUACUUCGAGGCCAACGGACACGGUACUGUGGUCUACAGUAACAAUGCCAAGAACACCAUUAAGAAAAUCGCUGAGGAAGGAGAACCGGAACAGCGCAAAGCAGCGAGUCUGCUGCUAAACUUCAUAGACAUGACGAACGAGACAGUCGGCGACGCAAUCUCUGACCUGUUCCUGGUGGAGACGGUGCUGUGUGCGCGGGGACACGACGCGAGGGACUGGCACGCCGCCUACACCGACCUACCCUGCCGGCAGCUGAAGGUGGCCGUGCAGGACCGUAACGCGAUCACGACAGCGGACGCGGAGCGCCAGUGCACGGCGCCCGAGGGUCUCCAGACGAGGAUCGACGAGUUGGUCGCGGAGUACAAGGACGGCCGCUCGUUCGUGAGGCCGUCCGGGACUGAGGACGUCGUCCGGGUGUACGCUGAGGCUGAUACACAGGAGUCUGCAGACAAGCUAGCGGCGCAAGUAGCUCAAGCCGUGUUCGACCUCGCCGGCGGGGUCGGCGACCGACCGGAACUGCCCGCGUAGACGAUAACAAACACUACCAACAUACAUCAUAGUAACACCCACAUCUUCUCAAGAGUAAUAGAAUGCUUUGCUAAAGACUCGAUAUAUGAAAACAAACAGACAUGGGUUGUCUUUGUGGUAAUGUAUGUACGACCUAUUAUAUUGACCUCUACCUACCCCUCCUACUCCUCUUCCCCCCCCCGGCCUAAUCCUAAUGGGCGGGAGGAGUGACUCGACUGGAUAGAGUGCGAAACGAAUAUGUCAGGGGUUCGUUUGGGGUUGCAUCGAUUGUGGAAAAGGUGAAAGAAAGCCGGUUGCGAUGGUACGGCCAAAUCCUGAGACGCGAAGACGACCACUCCGUCAAGAGAGGCCGACCGCCUUCUACGUGGUGGUCAAAUAUGCAAAAAGAGAUUCUAUUGGAAAAUCUGAGUACAGAGACAAGCCAGAACAGAGCUCUCUGGCGCAGACGUGUAAGGAGACCCGACCCCAGCUAACCUGGGAACAGGGGCGGACAAAGAAGACCUAUUAUAUUGAACAUCUCAACUGACCACCACCUCUACCUACCCCUCCUACUCCUCUUCCCCCCGGGGUGUGCCCACACUAUACACCUCUACCUUCGGAGAUAGUGUUAUCACAAUCAACCCCGAACAGAUAACGUUGAGUACUUUAAGAACGAGUCAAGUAUUGGAGACUAUUGAUAUUCUGGUGGAUUGACAGCUUUUCAACUGGCUUUAUCUCUUUCCUGCUCUUAUUGUAAGUGAAGGACAGAACUAGUUUAAGAGCUGCACAAACUAAAAUCAGGUUGAGUUUAUGUACGCACAGAAUAGGCACCACUUAUUAAACGGAUAAUUUCCCUCCUCCAAUUACAAGAGUAUAAACGACCUAAUAUCAUUUAUAUAACAUAUAAGUGUCUGAUAUUAGGAGGACGAUCUGCCAGAUAAAUUCUGGAUAUGCUUUCAGAUAGCUAUCAGGGGGGACGACCACCACACAAAAGUUGUAGCCGCAAGCUAAUACUUAUUGAUAAUAUAUGACAACGCUCUAACUAGUCUAUUGUUUACACUUUAAACUUAUUUCUAUUGAAUUACGGACCAUUUAGUACAAUUCGUAUUUGAGGGUAGUUACAAAAUGUUGCUCAGUCCAUAGAGUAUGUACAAAUUAUAGAAUUUAAAGUAUUCAAACGGGUGUAUCUCUAUUGAUUCAAAUUGAUAUAAAAUUAACAGGCAAUAAAAAAUAUUGCGUAUUUUUUAAUGUCAUAAAAUUAGGUUAUCACAUCAUUACUUUUUGAUCCACGUUUUGGAUUGUUAAUAAAGACACCUAAAAUAAUAUUUAUGUAUCUAAAAUUAAAACCCUCAAUUUUCUAAAUUAGCACUGAAUUUUGGAAAAUAUACCUAAAUAUCUCAAUGGUAACGAAAGAAUUUAACUGCUCACAAAUAAUAAAAGUUAAAUUAAGCUUUACGUAAUGACGUAACGUUACAUAGUGAAUAUCAGCUUUAUAAUAACUUUGUUUACACAUUAUUUUAGUGAAUGUAGAUAAGUAUUUUUUUCUAUAAUAAUUAUUAUUUCUAACUAAUACACUGCCUGAUGUAGGUUUUUGUAUGUAAAUGCGCUUUUAGAUUGACGGGUCGACUUCGAAAGGCGUGAUAUAAUUUUAUUUAACUAUUGGAAUAUUUUUUCACGCCAGCUUACCCAUACACUCCAUCUUAUCUCGCGUCUGUUAUGAGAUGAACAACCGACUUCUGCAAGGUUGCUAAGGUUCUCUAAGGUUAGUGUAAGAGUUAUUAUUGAGCUGCCAAAGGCUCAAGUAACGACUAAAUACUUAAGGAAAUAGUAGCCAGGAGCACGGACUCGUUGACUCAGAGACGGUCACAACGCGAUUUUUUGUUAGACUUUUGCCCAUCAAGAAGCGAACCCAGGACCUCGUUUGUGAGUCCAAUGCUCAACCACUGGGCCACGAAGGCCGUCAUACGAUGACCGUUGAUGGAUAAUAUAUGUAUAUACAGGGUGUAAGUGACAUCGUAACGAAUACUGAGGGGGAUGAUUCAGACCAUGAUUCUGAGUUAAUAUCAAGUGGAAUUUUCCGUCGCAAAAUUCAUGUUUUUUUUUUUAGGUUUUUUUAAAUUAUUUUCAAUUCUAUACUUUUGCGAUUGAAAAUUCCACUUGAUAUUUACUCAGAAUAAUCAGCUGAAUCAUCCCUCUCAGUAUUCGUUACGAUGUCAAUUACACCCCAUACAAGUACAUACGGUAGCCAUACAAGUAGGUAUGGGGGUUAGUGACACUGUAACGAAUACUGAAGGGGAUGAUUCAGACCAUGAUUCUGAGUCGAUAUCAAGUGGAAUUUCCUGUCGGAAAAGUCAUGAAAAUUUUAGUGCUUUUUUAAAUUAUUUUUUGCGACGGAAAAUUUCACUUGAUAUCAACUCAGAAUCAUGGCCUGAAUCAUCCGUCAAAGUUUUCGUUACGAUGUCACUAACACCCUGUAUAUAAACCGUAUCAUUGAUGUAUAAUGGUGCUGAUUCCUCUAGACACCAUCUAAUCUUAACUUAUACCUGUCAUUUUCUUAUCCGCCGAAAAGGAAAGGGACGGGAGGCACCAACGUGUUACUGUAUGUUUUGAUCCGUAUGGGGACAGCUUACCAGCAUGUAGCGCAAACAUAUGUAUAGUUUAUCAUGUUAGAAAGGACAUAUUAUAAUCACCACAUGCAUCCAUAUCUUAUCUAGACCUUAUCAACUACGUGUAUAAAAUCAUGACUCGACCCUUCAAUCUAUCAGCGCAAAGUAUCCAUAGUCUGUACCUAUGUCUAGCGGAAUGAGUGAAUGACAAAUUAACAUAAUACUUAUAUCGAAUGCUUACCUUGUACGAUAGUCAUUAGAACGGACCAAUCCUGUUUUCGAGAUUAUUAUUGGAUUACAAUAAUUUGUGUCGUAAUAGGGUAGUUUCCAACUAGUCAAAUCCUUUACUUUUUCCUUAACGUCAAACACGAAAUUACUAUGGAAUUUGUUUGAAAAAGCAACAUGUGACGUCACAGAAAAACGUGACAAAAUGUCGCACGUAUUAUUAAAUUUUUCUUUAUUAAAAUUCAUAAAUAAGUUAAAUAGAAAAAGAAAACGCUUUUUGUCACCUCUAGAUCUGUCUUUAUUUAUUAAUCAUAAUUUAUCUUUGACUUAGGAAUCUACCCAAUUUUGAUGGAAAUUAUUUAGUUGUUUAUCAAGGGGGUUUAUAAGGGUAGUAAAGGAAAAAAAGUACGAUUUCAGCAAGUAAAUACUUUGAAAAAUCUACAAAAGAUAUACUUACUGUUGAAAUUGGCGUUUAAAGACUUGUGAAUCUAAGUUAAGAUGGGUUAUAUUGUGUGAGUCAUAUUAUUUUAUAAAGUUCUAUAUUACUUUAUAACAUUACAUAUCGAAUUAUGCAUAAAGUUUUAUAUUUUGCCGAUAGUUUUGUGAAUGAGUAAUAUUCUGGUGCUUUAUUUUCUGCUGAACUUUAUCUAGAACUGAUACACUUAUACGCAACUGUAUUUUUUCUUUGUGUAGAACUCGCAUAUUUUUCACAUUUUUCAAAUUAUUUUCCUCAAUGUACAAAAUAAGAAAGAAUUGAAUUGGAAUAAGUAAUAUUGUAAGUACGGAUUGUAAAGAGAAAAAUGUAUAUUAAAUAUACUUAUUGAUGUGUAGAUAUCCCUUAUGAUGUAAAAUAAUUAUUCCAUCUUGCAUUUUAAAUUUGGGAAUUGUGUAUAGAUUGAUGGAAAGAAAUGUAAUUAAUAUGUAAUAAGUUAUAAACUAUGCCUGCUAUGCUUCCAACUUUAGCAAGAAUUCUUUGUGAAUUUUACUUUCUUAUAAAAUUGUGCUGAUAUUUAAUCUUUUAAUGCCAAAAUUAGGCCCUUCACGUCUCUAAUAAAUGUGUCCGACCAUUGGUGUUGUUCACUUAUAAACAAGCAAUGUAUGUGAAAUACCAUUGGUGUUGUUCACUUAUAAACAAGCAAUGUAUGUGAAAUAGGCCCCAAGUUUUUAGGGAUACUUGAGGCCACUUUAAGUUUUAAGCUAAUGCAUAUCUGCAUAAUAAAUUCGUUACAUUUAAUCUGAUGUUUUGUAAAUUCGAAACCACAGACGUCUUUUAAUCUGAUUCUUGAAAAUCAUCAUCUUAUCUUUCACAUUAUCGAGUAAUGCAGUAGUAGAUUAUAUUCUUGUGAUAAAAGUAUGAGUAUAUUUGGAAAGCGAGCGGUUUGUGUGAAUAACAGGGUGCUCAUGACGACGGCUAUGUAUGUGGUUCGUGUGGGCAUUGAUAUUUGACGCGUAUGUUUAACCCAAAAGACUUUGUAACCGAAGUAACGCAUUUAAUACUAGUUAGAUUUUUCUGACAAAUUAUAUUGGGCUGUAGUAUUCUCAAGAACCAAGUACGUAAAAUCUACUAAUAAAACAAUACAUAAAAAUAUAGAAAUAAAUGGAAAAUAUAUGGAAAUAAAUUCUACUAGAAAGACAAUAUGUAAUAUUAGUUAAUAGAAGUAGCCAAUAAAUCUGUUCUGGACUAGUCAAAUAUCAAUUGACCACAUGUAUAGUUAGUUAUAUAUAUAAAUAAGACAGCUAUUUUUGCAUUUUAUUCGCAGACAUUAAUUGUGCAAAUAAUUAUUUUACCUUAGUGUGCAAUUGUUGAGAAUGUGUGUUUUUAUUUAGUCUAUGCUACUGUUAUAUUUUAAUAAAUCAUUAAUUACUUACUAUAUGUGCAUUACAUUUGAAUAUCCUUAUUUCAAUAUUCCAAUUUAAAAAUAUAAAGUAAACUUUUUAGCUAUUACGGCUGUGGUUCUAAACCUUUGGAUUCAAAAUAAAACUACACUAUAACAAA